GGCGCCGAUCUAGAUUCUUCGGGUGCUCAGAACGCUGCCGGUCGCGCGAGCGCGAGUAUCGCUGUUUUCCAGGGGACGACGAUGCUUCUGGACUCUUUCUUUUAAACAGUCAGAUCGCGAUCUACUCGUUGUACGUAGUGCCAUUUUUAUCGGAGCCUGUGAGAGAGAGAGAGAGAGAGAGACCAGUGGGAGUUUUCGAAAAAUUCAAAGUGAGGAGAGCUGGAUUGGUUCCAAUACUGCGGCUGGAGACGGCUGGUCAGACAGGCUGAGAUGAUGCAGGAGCACAAGAGCUUUCUCAUUAGAGACCUGCUCGGCGACGUCCUCGAUCACCGCGUACAAGAAGACUCGGAGGACGACUCGGCCCUGCACUCGGACUCCGAGGACACGAUCGACCCGGGCAGCAGUCCCUCUCCGGGCUCGGCCACCUCCGGCGGCAAGUCCUGCCUGCCCGGCGGCUCCGGCGGCUCCAGCGGCUCCGGCGGCCGGAAACCCCGCAGGAGGCGCACCGCGUUCACCCACGCCCAGCUGGCCUACCUCGAGCGCAAGUUCCGCUGCCAGAAGUACCUGAGCGUGGCCGACCGGAGCGACGUCGCCGACGCCCUCUCCCUCUCGGAGACCCAGGUCAAGACGUGGUACCAGAACCGAAGGACCAAGUGGAAGCGGCAGAACCAGCUGCGGCUCGAGCAGCUGCGCCACCAGGCGACGGUCGAGAAGGAGCUGCUGGUCAGGGGCGUGGGUCUGCACCACGGCGGCAUCGAGGCCUACUGCCCGCAGGUCUACUCCCAGAGUCCACCGGCUGCCCCCUCGGCCCCGUCGGCCCAGCAGCCGUCGGUGGUGCCGACCCCGGUGCCCACCACCGCCUCCACCGCGGCCUUCCUCUCCACCGCGGCGGCCCUCUUCCGCAACGUCACCUACGUCCACGGCUGUCCGCUCUAACCGGCGGUCUCGGCCACGCCGACGACGAUGGAUCAGAGGUAUCUGCAGAUGCAGUACGAGGCGGCGGAUCGAGCGGCCGCCGCCGCUGCCGCCGCUGCCGCCGCUGCUGCCUUUCCCUAGUUUCGCUUGACGAUUAAGUAUUAUCGUAUGGCUUUCGGACCUGCAAUGAGUCGUUCUUCCUUCAUGUUGUAUAUUUAUUAUUUGCGAUAGGUGGCAUUUUCCGGGCUAAGAUGCGGGAGAUGGAGGCAACUGUUAUUGAUUUUGCGACGCGCGUGUGAUAUGUGAAAAUUUUGGUAGCUCGGAAGUACGCUCGUUUUUUAAUUACCAGUUGAUUGUAAUAUGUGUCAUGUAAAUAUGUAAUUAUCCAAGAAAGAGAGAGAGAGAGAGAGAGAGAGAUGGUAAAUUCUCGAUUACAAACGAGCAAAUGUACUCAGACUAGUCGGCGUAGCCAAAGGAAAAUUCAAUCUCUCACAGUAUAUAUACUUAUCAUCGCGUUUCCUUGCAAGAGAGAACAUUGUAUUUAUAUAUAAUAACGUAAAAUGUGCAAUGUCGGUUAUACAAAGUAAGCGUUACUAUCGUCGUACUUAUAAUUACCUAAGAUUAAUUGUGAGGCAGCUAAAUCAGACAUUCAUUCUUCUUAGCGUCUACACACGUAAAAGUACGUAUAACAAUUAUAAGAUACAUCCGCCUUGCGAAUUCGGCAAGCUGUACAACAGUCGACGAGCGAGUCUCGCCCUUGUAUUAUAGAGAAGAAAAAUAAAUUAAUAAUGAAAGCAGACGCGCGCAGUCUUUGAAUGAAAUUGUGCGUAACCUCUCGAACUGCCCAUAGCGCACACACUCGAUGCGCAUAUAAUACGGUGUGUGCACAUACUUGACUGAUCUCGAGCUUCGAAUAAUGCCACGGUACACGGACGGCUAAUACGUACUGUCCACAAUGGACACGUGCUAUCGCGCGAUCGAGUACACGAUUAACCGAACUCGAUGCGACUAUCCGAUUGUAUAUCGAUAGAGUAAUUUUGUUUGAUAUCUCAACGUCGUUAUCGUAUAAGCCGGCCCUGAUAAUAAAAAUUCGAACACGCGCGCAUUCUCAGCGGGGAAUCCCCGCGUUGAAGUCACAUCGGCGGUUCGUACAAACACACAAUAAUACAAUACCCAUAGAAGCAGCGGUAGCUUCUCUAAUCCACACUCGACUCUGGCGGCACGUGUGUGUCCGUACGUGCGUGCACGAGGCCCCCCUGCGAUGUUUGGCACUUGGGCACGCGCGUCGCACUCUCUUCCUCUCGAAUGUAACGCGUUUGCAUGUAUAUAUUCUUUCUCUCUCUCUCUCUGCACUUCUGCAGGCUUUUGUGCACUUGUAUGUAUAACACAGCGGCGGCGUUUUCCCAUGACUCGCCGAGAGAGAGAGAGAGACGCGUCGUUAUAAUCCGCAACCGCAAGGAAAAGCGUCCGUUUUUCUUGGCGCGACGAAAGGAAGUGAACGAGACCCGCACAUACGGGGGUGUUUUUUAAUUCCUUAGAAAAAAGCGCCGCGCCCGAGAGUAAUUGCUGGAGAAAGCGCUCGCGAGGGAUAGAUUUCAUGUCGCAUCGCCUGUAUAUUGUAGGAAGAGGAGGAGAGGCAGGAGGACUGUAUGCGAAUGCGAGAGUAAAGAGCCAGGUGUAAGGGGCGACGCGGAAAAAUAGAGGUAUACGUCUACCUAUAUAUGUAUACGUGGUACGCAAGGGUGGAGGGGGUGAAAAAGAGAGGAGGUUGCGGGAGAUAGAGAGAGAGAGAGUAAAGGGCCGGAGUGUAACGAAGCUCCGACUUUUUAAUUGGAAUAUAUUCAGAAAAGCGGAACGCCUUUUCAUACGACCGCGCCGUUGAGCUUCUCUCUCUCUCUACACACACUGAAUGCGCGGCAUGAAUCAGCCGGGCGAACCGCCUCUUUUUCCGCAGCCUCUACUAUGUACAUCUCGCAUCGCUGUGUGCGUAUACGCUCGCUUUUGAGAGAUUACAACGGCGGAGCGAAGAUGCGCCGGGGGUGUGUUUAUGCGCGGGGAUGAUGCGAGAGAGGUAUCGCGCGAGGACGGCACGAUGGCUUUCGAUGUCGAGUGGAUAAUUGAUUGCGGCGAGUGCUAGCUGUAUCGCGGUUUCGCUUGUUUUGAAAUUGCUCGAUGCCCCAGAGGGUGGUAUGCUAUGACUAUAGUUUCUGCUUAUGUUCGUAUGUUUUGUUUGAGUAUAUGAAAAGUCACGAUUCCGCAAAUGAGCACGUGGAAUAAAUAAUUCCUCUUUUGAAUGGCA